GGGUCGGGUUAAUACUAAAGUCCAUCAUCAGACACCAAAAUGCCAAAAAAAAAACUCAAUGAUUCAUCAAAACAAAAUCUUCAAUUUUCAGUCUCAAAUGGCAGCAACAACAUCUACAGCAACAACAACACUGUUGAUCGAUCUCACGCGCUCUCCACGCUCCACCUUUCGCCACUUCUCGUCAAACAAUGUUCACAUUCUUCACCACCAACCCUUCACUUCUACACUCAUCCACAAUCGUCGUUCAAAUCUCACAACCAUCAAUUGCAAUAGCAAGCUGAAUAACGCAAGUGGAGGAGGAGAACCGUAUGAGAUGGAUGGUGUUUUUGGGAGAUACGAUGGAGUUGAAGAUGAUGGUGAUGAAGAUGAUGCAGAGAGUAGUGUUGAUUUGUUGAUUAAAUUCUUGCAGAGUAUGUUUAAGAAGAUGUCUAGAAAGGCUAAAAAGGCUUCUCGUUCUGUUUUGCCAUCAGCGUUUUCUCCUCAGCUUGUUUCUUUUGCUGUUGAUGGGACUCUUCUACUUGCUUCACUUUCUGUUGUCAAAGCACUUCUUGAGGUUAUCUGCAACAUUGGCGGCACAGUAUUUGCUGCUAUUCUGAUCCUGCGUGUGAUAUUGGCAGCAGUUUCUCACUUCCAGUCCAGUGGGAAUAGUUUCAACCAAGGGGGCAAUUCAUUUGGUGCUGUAGCCUAAACCUCUUCUGUAAAUUUUGUUUGAUGGUAGUUUCCAUUAGGUAAAUAUUUUAUUCGGUUCAGCUGAAUAAAAGCACCCUUGGUAUUGAUGUGUCGAAAUUACACACCAAAGGAUGUGAUUUACACAAUAAGUCAUAGAUACAAGGAUUUGCAAUUAUUUAGUUAUUGUAAUUAUUUAAUAUACUAACAAAGUUAUAAUAUAAUUACGCAAUUUACAUGA